AUGAGGACAAGAAACCCCAUUGUGGAGCAGGCGAAUGCUCCCCCACGCUUUCUUCACGUUAACUUCAACCAGGAUCAUGAAUGUUUUAGUUGUGCUACUGAGACGGGGUUUGAAAUAUACAAUAAUGACCCUGUGCAGUGCAGUGUGAAAAGAAAAUUUGCGCAAGGAGGGUUGUAUGGUAUGUCAGGCAUUGGGUAUACACGGAUGUUAUAUAGGACGAACUAUAUUGCUCUUGUUGGAGGUGGUACGCACCCAAGGUUUUCCACGAAUAAAAUUGCGAUAUGGGAUGACAUACAGCAAAAGGACUCUAUUUCCCUUAAGUUCAAAUCCCCAGUCCGUGAGAUAUUCCUUUCACGGCAGUACAUCAUUGUUGUUUUAUCACAGAACAUCGAAUUGUUUACGUUUAGUGGGAAUCCGACAAGAAUUUGCCCUCCUAUUAACCAUGUUAAUAACGGGAUUGCUGAUUUCGUUACUUGCAACAAGGUAAGAAGGGAUAGUUCGCAGGAUGGACAGGAUCCUCUGGCUUCUCAUGUGCUUACUGGGAUAUUGGCUUACCCGUCGAGCAUUAUCCCGGGGCAGAUCCAUGUUGCAGACCUGUCUAACUUGCAAGUUACAACAUCAGAUGAUCCGUUCUCUACGCACUUGCCGACAUCUAUUAUAAAGGCGCACAAGAACUCAGUGCGUAUGGUUAAGUUAAACAGAAAAGGGACGCUUGUGGCGACCUGUUCGGUUGAAGGUACUUUAGUACGUAUAUUUAGCAUUGCUAGUGGGUCGCUGGUGCGCGAGUUUAGGCGUGGACUAGAUCGGGCCCUCAUCUUUGACAUGCAAUGGGACGAAAAGGGCAACAAUUUAGCUGUGGUCAGUGAUAAGUACACCUUGCACGUAUUCCAAAUCGAUAAACAGCUAGAUAAGCGACAUGUUUUGAAGGGCUGGUUUCCUAAAGUCAAAUAUUUACAAGGUAUUUGGAGCAUGUGUUCAAUCAAGCUAGACAAGCGUGUGCUCACUCAUGAAGAUGAUAAGUGUAAGAUAGGCUGGAUUGGGGACUCAUCUCUCAGCGUAAUUUGGCAGAAAAGUGGUGUAUGGGAGAAAUACGUAAUAAUGGAAAAAAUACACGAGGUUAACCCAAACGACCCAUUAUAUGAAGCUGGAGGGGCUCCCAUAGAGCCUAAAAUCGAGACAUAUCUCGUCCGGGAAGGUUGGCGACAGCUAUAG